AGGAUCAUGGCCAAAUAUUACACCAAGAUUACAUUAACUCGCAUGGCUGAGUUACUAGAUCUUCCGACUGAAGAAACAGAAGCAUGCCUUUGCAAUUUGGUAGAGACUGGGGUAAUCAACGCGCGUACAGAUCGUCCAGCUGGCGUAGUUCGUUUUACUGGAACGCAAGAACCAGCUGCUCUUCUAGAUACAUGGGCUGCAUCGUUAUCGAAAUUGAUGGGCCUUGUGAAUCAUACUACACAUUUAAUUCAUCAAGAGGAAAUGUUGGCCGUUGCGCAAUCUUAAAAUUGAUGGAGAAUACACUGGAUUCGAUCCGCCCAUCAGAAAAUCCACGAGAAGAAAUGUCAUAUUUGUUUGGUAGAGAUCCUAGUAUUUUGGCAUACAGCCAGAGACCGUUUCCCUCAAAGGAUACAAAAAAGAAUUUGCUUUCAUUGUAUGAAGUAGAGGAAGAUAAUUUUACCAAUGAAAACGUAUCCGAACAUUCAGAAUCGCAGACCUUGCAAACUAUCAAGGUGUACCUUAGACUCAAACCAUUCCCAAAGAAGCUGAAGUUGACAGAGGAGCAGCAAGAGGCUUACAAAAUCAUAAAUUCCACAACUUUGCUCACGAAGCUACCAAUAUUGGAUAAUAAUGGGAGUUCCAAACAAUCCAAAAGUAAUGAGACUGUAAAGGGCCGAAAAUUUACUUUUUCCCAAACAUUUGGGCCAGAGACCACUCAGUUGGAGUUAUUUGAGCAAACGGUACAGCAGCAAAUGAUCGAUUUCUUGGCUGGGCAAAAUUGUACUAUAAUGACAUAUGGUACUACAAAUUCUGGAAAGUCAUAUACUUUACAAGGGACUGCUACUUCACCUGGACUUAUACCACGUGCACUGGAAUUUGUGUUUAACAAUAUUACAACAAGACCAAAUCCAUUUUAUAAACCUUUGCAUUAUAGUGAUGUGGUCAAUCUUAACGCACUUGAACGUGCGCAGGAGCUUGAAGCAAAAACUAAAUUGCUAACAUUCAGUUCCGUGGAUAAACAUCAGUACAUGAAUACUUACAAGGAAAUGCAAAAAUUGUUACAAGAGGAAUCAAUUCGUCCCAGUCAAUGCUAUGACGCUCAUUACUCAGUUUGGGUUUCAUUUGCUGAAAUCUAUAAUGAAAUUGUAUACGAUUUGUUGUCAAAUGAAUGCCAGAAAAAGAGAAUACCUUUAAAAUUGGGAGCGGAUUCUAAUGGCAGAGCAUUUAUCAGAGGUUUAAAGACUAUUUAUGUUAAUUCGGCGGCAGAAGCUUACCAAAUUUUUAUGGCAGGGCAAUAUAAUUUAAAAAUAGCCGCAACUGCGUUAAAUGCAAAAAGUUCAAGGUCCCAUUGUAUAUUCACAAUUAUAUUGUUAAAAUAUUAUGCAGAAAAUUUACCAGAUACAGUUGAAGUGAGCACGUUUUCGUUUUGCGAUCUGGCGGGCUCGGAACGUUUAAAAAAGACAUUGAAUAUCGGGGACCGAUUGAAAGAAGCGCAAAAUAUUAAUACUAGUUUGCUGGUAUUAAGCAGAUGUUUGAAAUCUAUUCACGAAGGACAAUUGACAAGAACGAAGGCAGAUACUGUAGGACCAUUCAGAGAAUCGAAAUUAACCAGAUUGUUCCAACGAGCGUUAUCAGGGAAGGAGCAUCUGGCCUUGAUAGUUAAUGUUAAUCCACUGCCAAAUCUUUAUGUAGAGACCCAGAAUGUUCUAAAUUUUGCUGCUAUCGCAAAAAAAAUCAUUAUAGAAAGAAAGAAACGAAUACAGAAGAAAUCGAAAUCAAGGUUUUCGCAAAUAGUCACGCAGAGUAUACAAACGGUGACCGAUUGGGAUACCACAGAAUUGGAAAGUUCGGAUUGGCAACCUACAGAUAGCGUGGAAGAGAAUGAUUCCGAAUACAUUACUUCGGAAGAAUAUAUGGAUCUUGCAAAUGAGAACGAAAGAUUGAAAAAGGAGAUUGCUCUUUUAAAGAAUUCAUCUUUAAUUCAAGAUCUUCAAAGCCGACAUGAAAUGGCCGAGAAAUAUAUUGCGAUGAUAAACGAGCUUGAAAUGGAUUGGAAACGGCGUAUAAAUGAUGUUGAAACCCAACACGAGACCCAACUUGAAUGGACUGUGAAACAAGUUGAGGAAUUUUACAAGGGAAAGUUGAAUCAAUUGCAUAGGAAGAGAAAAAGACGCAGCGAUUGCAGUGAUGAUAGCGAUGAAGACAAUGACAAUCUUAACUUAACUAUUAAAGAAGUAAUUAAAGAAAAUACACAAUUGAGGGAGAAGAAUGAAACUUUGAAGCAAACAUUAACUGAACUUAAAGUAACGAAUGAAACCUUAAUUGUAGAAAAGAACAAAGCUUCUUUUGAGUUGGGAUUGUCAAAGGAGGACUUGAAAGUAGCGAAAAGUCUUCUAGAAACUGCUCAAAAAGAUAUCUGCUCUACUCAAAAUGGUAAUAUUUAUAUAAAGGAAAUGACAUCACAGUUACUCGCUAAAGAGGAACAAAUCAAGAAGCUAAAAGAAAUUCUCAAUGAAGCAAAAGAAGAGUAUAUUACAAUUACGUCUGAUUUAAGACAGAAGGAACUUUGCAUUGAUGAGCAAGCAAAAAUUACAGUAGAAAAUGAAGAAAAAAUUGAAGAUUUAGAACUACAUCUUGAACAAGCUAAUGUUUGUUUAAUGGAAAAGACGAGAAUAGUAGAGCUUCUAGAAGAAAAACUAGAACACCAAAAUGAAGAUAAAAUCCUACAGUUGCAAGAAGAAAUUGAUAAAUUAAAGAAUGAAAAAUUAGCGUUAAUUAAAUAUUAUGAAAACAAACCAACCUCAAAAACAUCUAUUCAAAAUGAAUAUGAGAUUAUUAUAAAAGAAGAACUGAUUACUGAUGAAAUAUCGGAAGAUUUAAGUAUGAUUAAAGAAAAUACGAAAGGAAGAAUGGAAAAUGCAAAAGUAUCUGUUGAUGAAACUAAAGAAAUUGAUUCGAAUAAUUUGAAUCCUACAGAAGAGACACUUCCUAAACAGAUAUUAGUGGAUACAGGUUGUCAAGUGGAUAUAACAAAUAAUAAGGAUCACAACGAUACUAAAAACAAGUUGGAAAAGAGUACUCAGGCUAGUGUAACAAUAACCACGUUAGAAGAUACUAGUAACAAAAUGUCUCUGUUAAAAGAAGAAGCUGAUGAGAUUGCGGAUGACAGUGCAAAGUUACAAUUGGAUUCAUUGACCACACAAGUUCAUGACAUUCAAAUGCAAUACGAACAGAAAUGUUUGCAAGUUAAGAAGUUAACAGAAGAAUUAAAUAAUAUGAAAGAGACACUGCAGACUUUAAAAGAAGAAAAUUACUCGAACAAAAUUAUUGUUGAUGAAUAUAAGAAUUCUGCGGAGGUACUUAAAAAGCAAUUAGCACUGACCACGGAAGAGAAACGUGAAAUAGAAGAGACUCUGUUGAACUCCAAUGCAACUUCCAAACAAAAGAUUGCAAACUAUGAAUGUGAAAUUGAUCGAUUGGAAAAGGAUCUCUCAAUUGCAAAUAAUAAUGCUCAACAGUAUUUGGAGAAACUGGAGACGACUCAAAAAGAGUUAGAUAAUUAUAUAUUAAAAUGUAAACAAGAAGAAGAGACAAAUAUACGCAAAUCAGAACUCGUUUCAAUAAAAAAAGAAGAUAAUGAUACAAAUAAUAUAAGUGCCGAUCAGUUAGAUGAAUAUACAGAAAAGAUAUCGCAAUUGGAACAUAAUCUGGAAACUAUAGAGAGGCUGAAACAUGACAUUGAUCAAUUAAACACAAAUUUGGAAACGUGUCAAGUGGAGAAAAACUGUAUACAAAAAGCGCUCGACGAGAAUAAUAAGAAAUUGUUGGAAUUUGAGAGUCGAUUGGAGGAAACAACUUUCAAGGAACAGGAAAAAGAUACUGAAAUAGCGGCCUUACAAAAAGAACUGAAACGUAUGAUACAGAAAAGUGAAAAUGCAGAGAAAAAUGACGAUAUGAUGGAAGCAGAGUUAAAGAGCGCUAUAAACGAAUUGACACAGACGAAAGAGACGCUUUUCCAAAAGGAGCAGCAUUUAAAAGAAUUGAAAAUACGUUUAGAGAAUUCUGAGAGAAAUGCGAAGCUAUUUAAUUUGCUCGAACAGAACGCGAAGGAGCGACAGGUUGAUAAUGAACGGUUACGAAAUCUAAACGACGAACUGAGAACCAACUUGACGCAGAAGGAACGCGAGAUGGAUGCGUUUAUGAAGAAUCGAGACGAGACAGUAACCAAGUACGAAGCUUUGGUUAAAAACCAGCAGGAAGAGUUGGAUAUGCAAAAAAGGGAGGUGAUGAGGUACCAAGAACUAUUCCGUCGGCAACUUACACCGACGCCGAAUAAAGAUGAUUACAAGAAGUUGCAGAAUCGUAUAAAAGUACUCCAAGACAGAUUGCAGAAGUACGAAAUUGAUGCGAAGGACAAGAAUGAUUACGACAGCACAUCAGAGGAGGAAGUUUCAGCUCAACGUCAACCGAAACGGCGAGGAAAGAAGACGGUCUUAUCUAAACAGGAUAAUAUACCGGUUAUAGAGUUGUCUGGAUCUGAAUCAAAGCGCAACACGAGAAAUACCGCUUUGCCACCACCGAAAACGUCAACCGAGAAAAGACGCACUCGCAGGAAGAAGCUGUUCCUUGAAAACGAAUCGUUUGCGGAAGUUGAGCCCGCCGUGACGCUACCAACUCGAAAUUUGAGGAAUCGAAAGAAAUGAAAAUAUAUUAAACAUACUGUAAAUACUUUGUAUAUGCUUAAGGAAACCUGAAAAGGAUAGCGGAGUAUAAACGAAAAAAGAAACACAGAAAUAUGUAAUGUAGAUCGGAAGUGAGAAUUGCUUUUUCUGUAAUAUGAUCAAAUAAGUGCGUACAUAUGCUUGAUUACAUGUUUAUU